AUGCCAGAGCAUCAAACCGCAUCAGCCCAUCACGGCGCGCAUCACGGGGGCUACCACAGCGGCGAUCACGCCGCACAUCACGGCGGGCAUAACGAAGAUCUCGCCUUGGUCGCAACCCACGGAGACACCAUGGCCGCCGACGGCGGCGGCGGGCAAGGGGACUUAACUGGAGGCGAGUCGGAAGGGGAAGAGGAGACGAUCAUGCUUCGCGGUCGCAGCAAGAACCGGCAGGCGGUGGAGCUGAUAAUCAAGCAGGAGAUCUGCGCGCUUAAGAACGCGCGGCCGAAGAUCACGGCGGCGGGGAUCUGCCAGGUGUUGCGCGCGAAAUACGGUAACUCCACCGUGCGAGAGUCGCAGAUCCCGCGCAUCCUGCGCGACGAGCACAAGUGGGGCCGCGCGCCCGCGAACUUCAAGCGCGUGAGGCAGCCGCACAACGUGCGCCUGGAGGAGGCUCUGGCGGUGUGGGUGCGCGAUAUGAAGGCGCGAGGCGACUUCCGCGUGACGUGCGAUCGCAUUUUGGAGCAUGCGAAGGACAUUGGGCCGUCGCUGGGCGUUCCCGCGUCUUUUAGGUACAGCCGCGGGUGGAUCUCUCGCUUUUUAAGGCGCUGGGGGCUCACACGCAAGGCAGUGGAAGCAGCAAGGGAGGCCAACUUCAACCCGCUCGACCCCUCCUCGGGCCCCUCGCACGGCGGCGGAGGGGGAGGCACCGAUAGCGCGGCACACAUCAUCGACAGCAGGAGCCUACUGGAGCUUGCAGACGAACAGCUCGAUCUGGAGGAAGCCGCCCGCCGCGCAUCUGAGCCGUCGGAUCUGCUCGCUGAGCUGGCAGAUGAGGAUAUUCUGGCUGCUGCGGCCAGUAUCCCUGCCGUGGGGAGUAGUGUUGUGGCGGCUGUGGCUGGUUCCCGGGGCGGACAGUAUGCUCCUGGUGUGGGGUGGAUGGGGGGUGGGGGAGAGUCCGUUGGGGAGGGGCAGCUGCAGGCUGUAGCAGAGGAGGUGCUGCUGGGGCUGGACGGAUCUGUAGCACGCGCGCCCGGCCCUGCUGGUGCUUCUGCUGGCGCUGCUGGUGCCGGUGCUGCUGGUGCUGCUGGUGCUGCUGCUGCUGCUGGUGCUGGUGGUUCCUACGCGCCUGGCUCACACAUGCUUGUGCCAUCCGGAACCGCCUUCUCUGCCUCUCAAGGCCCAUACACGUCCUCCGCCCUCGCCCAGCUCUCUUCCGCGCCUCCGCACGCGCUCGCGCCCCCGCCGCCGCCCCCCCAGCGGCGGCGCAACAUCACAGUGAAGCUGAAGCGCGCCAUCUGCGUGCUGAAGCGCGCCAAGCCGCGCCUGCGCGCGUCCGCGAUCAUAGAGGCCGUGCGCGCGAGCACGGGCAUCUCCCUAAGCACGCACCAGGUGUCGCGGAUCCUGCAGGAUAGUGACCGUUGGAUGCGCGCCCAGACCAACGCAAACGCUGUCAAGCGCGUGCGCGACCCUGAGAACGCGGCGUUAGAGGAAACCCUAGCUGAGUGGGUGAAGGAGAUGCGGGCGAAGCAUGGCGAGGCGAUGGUUACCAGAGACGAUAUGAUUGACCAUGCGAAGAGGAUUGGGCCUGGUUUGGGGGUUCAGCCGGGGUUUAAGUACAGCCGCGGGUGGCUGUCGCGGUUUUUAUGGCGGUGGGGGUUGCAGACGAAGGAGGAGAGGGAGGCGGCGAGGAGGGAAGGGAGGGAAGGGGGUGGUGAAGGGGAGGGUGCUGGCGGAGAUGCGGGGGGUGGUGCUGGGACUGGUGGGGGUCCUCUGGCUUUAAUGCCUGCUGAUGCUGAUGCGGAAGGGGAGGCUGAAGCAGGUUCUGCUGGUGCUGGUGCUGCUCCUGGGGCGGGGGCUGCUUCUGGGGCCGGUGGAGCUUCUGGGGCAGCCGGGGCAGCUGGGGGUGCUGGCGCUGCUGGUGCAGCUGGAGCAGGGAACGACACUGGUAGCGACCUGGUCAUAUCCUCGCACGAUUUCGUCAUUACUGGGACUGACAGUGACGAGGAUAAUUUCCUUCGUCUGGUAGAGGAGCAGCUUGCAGAGGUUGAAAAGGCAGGCGGGAAAGCAGCUAGGGCUGCAAUCAUGUGGGGCGAAGGAGGCGAAGGGGGCGAGGGCGGAGCAGCAGGAGAGGGCGGAGCAGGAGAGGGCGGGUCCAGUGAAGGUGAGGAUACUGGGGACGAGACAGACAUAGGGGAAGGUGGGGGAGAGAGGAGGCGGCGGUACGGCGCGGGGGUGUUCGGAGGGAUGGGGAGCGGUGAGGGGGCGGGAGAUGCACUGGAUGUGGACACGGAUGGGAUCAGGAGGCGGAGGAUGGUGCAAGUGAAGGUGAAGCGGGCGGUGUGUGCGCUGAAACGGGCGCGGCCGGAGCUUACUAGCAGGGAGAUCAUCGAUGCAGUGAGGGUUAAGUACGGAGUGGACCUCCCCCCGUCGGCUGUGCCGCGGAUUCUGAAGUAUGAUGAGCGGUGGCAGCAGGCUGGCGCGGCAGCGUCGUGCCGGGUACGGUCGUGUAUGAACUCAAAGCUAGAAGAGGUGCUGGCGGCGGCUGUGAGACGGGCGCUGGCCCGCGCUGCUGGUGAGGCUGGUGAAGGGGCGAAGGGGGGUGAGGGCGGCGGGGUUGGUGAGGGUGGUGAGGGUGGUGGGGGAGGGGAAGGUGUGAAGGAGGGAGGGGAGGGGGCGAAGGGUGUGGGGGAAGAAGGUGGGGAGGGCGGGGAGAAUAGUGCUGCUGGGACUUCAGCAGCAGGAGAAGGAGCAGGAGGAGCAGGAGGGGGAUCGGAGGGAGCAGCAGCAGGAGCAUCGGCACCAGCAGUGGCAAGGACAGUAACAGUGCAGUCGAUUCUCGACCACGCCAAGCGCAUAGGCCCUCUGCUAGGCGUGGCACCCGGAUUCCGCUACUCCAAGGGGUGGGUCUGCCGCUUCCUGCAGCGCUGGGGCUUCGGCAGCAAGCAUCUCAAGAACGGGGUUCUAGGGGUGGUGGCUUCUGGAGGGAGUGCUGUGGGGGGGGAUGGGGGCGGGGAUGAGGGGGAGGCUGGGGAGAAUGGGGACGAGGAGGGGAGGGAGGAGCGGGAGGACCGGGAGUUGCAGGAGUUGUUGAGUAUAGUGGAUGGGCAGGCGGCUGAGCAGGCGAGAAUGGAGGCGAUGUAUGGGUGGGGGUAUGGAGGAGGGGGACAUGGGGGAGGUGGGUAUGGGGGAGGUGGAUAUGGGGGAUAUGGAGGAGGGGAGGCAGGCCCGGGAGGCACACCUGGGCAGGGUAUGGCACCAGGGGAAGAAGAGGAAGGGGAGGCGGCAGGGGAAGAGGGCGGGGAGGGAGGGGAGCAGGCAGGCGUGGGGGGAGCAGCGCUGGUGUGGGGGGGAUUGCGGGGAGUAUUGGGGCGAGUAGAAUGA